GUACUGACUUGCAACCUAGCUGUAUUAUUAUUAUUAUUAAAUUUUGCAGCUGUACAACUGAGGGCUAGGGAGGUGGAAGGGUGGGGAAUUAUUAUGCAUUAAUUGUUUUUCUAGCUUCGUGAACUCAUAAAAUCAAAUAAAAAUAAUUUUAAAAAGAAAUGAAAUUAGCCAGUUCUACCAGUAGAUCCUUAUUUUCCCACGUCCCUGCUUUAUGGGAUAGAGACCCCGUUGCAGGGUCAUUACAACAGAGCGGGUGAAAUUAGCGUGGGUGUGUUUUAAUAAGGACCAGGCAGGAAGAGCGAACUAGGCCGUCGCGAGCCACAAGGCAGCGGAAGCUCCUUUCGCGGCGCGAGAAAGCAAAAGGCGAGGGGGCGGAGCUAAGGGCGGAAAGAGGCGGGGACUGCAGCAGCCCGGGCUUGCUCCCUGACUGCCGGUUGCUUUGUUGGUGGGCGGAAUCCAGAAGAGUCCAUUAUUCCCACUAGCGAGGGGGAGCACGGCUCUCCCUCAACCCCUCCCCCCUCAGUCUUCAAAGACGGGUCAGACUUUCUGUACGCGGGGGCUCUCCGUUCAGCUGACGGCAGGCUGCGAGCGGCGGGGGCCGACGGAGCACCCCGCGCUCCCUCCCUCCGCCUUGCUGUUUUCCUCACCCGUCCCUCCCCCCUGCCCUGCCGGAGGGAGAUGGUUCGUUCCUCAGCGCGCGCGCGCCCUGCUCCCGCGGUUCGGCGGCCGCCGCUGCCUGGGAGGGGGGAAGGGCGAGGGAGACCCGGGGCUUCGCGAGGGGAGCCUCGGCCCAGGACCCGAGGCGGCCGCUCUCCCCGCCCUUUCUCAAAAGCCGCGCAGCCGGGAGGGACCAUCCAUGGCGAAAGAAGCCGAAGAGCGGGAGCUGAAGGUUCCCGAGGAGAUGUUCAAAGAUGUCAAGUUCUUCGCCGUGGGAGACAUAGGCGCCGAGGUGCGUUGCUCGGACGGGCUCCCCUCACGCGCGCCCCGUCGCCCCCUCCGCCUUCGGGCGCCUCAAAUGCCCCCUCCUCCCCGUAAGACGACGCGGGCCACGCGCUGACAGCGGCUCGCGCCGGUUUUUUGAGCGCGCGGCCUCUCGGGAAGGGAGGGGGGAUUUGGGGGGCGCGUUCGAACCCCCCCUCCCUCCCCCGUGCGCCUUGGCGGCCGUUAACGGCUCCCAACGGCCGCCUCCUUCCCUCCCCCACCUUCUUACAGUAUUUCUGUUGCCGGUGUCUCGGCGUCCCGCGCGCCUUCUGGAGCCGGGCAGGCCCUACGGCGGCCUCUGUUGCCUAGCUAGCUGGCUGGCUGACUGGGGAGGCGACAGAGGAGGCUGCGCUUCUCUUUUCCUCCCCUCACGGCUUCCCCGGAGUGGGGGACCUGCCCUGCGUCCCCUCCCUCCCUCCUGGCGCAAACUCGCGCUCUCCUCUUUUUCGGCUUGAGUUGGGGACGCGGCCAGGACUAGGCCCCGUCCUGGGUUUUCCCCGCCCGCUCUCCUCCUCCUCUUCACCUGGCAGGCGUCCCCUCCUUUCCCCGAGGAGCUCAGUUUUAUAAAUCCGAGGGAAAGCGGAAGGAGGGCCAGUUCGAGUAAAUGGCACCUAACCGUGUAGGGAAGCUUUUCCCGACGGUAGUCCGGCUGCAGGGGAGAGAGAGGCGCGGGUUCCUGCGUGUAAACAAACUUACCCCUGAAUUUAAAAAAAGGGUUCGCAGGGAGAGGGCUAGGCUGUAUCCUUUCCCCUGAGGUGGUAGUUUUCUGCAUCCAAGGCUGUGUGUGGGGAACAUUAAAUAUCAGCCUGGAGUGGUACAGACAACAGGAAAGCUUUUCUUCUUAAUUAGCUGGCCCUGACUGCAUCAGAGUGUUCACAGCUGUCUUGAGGCAAGGCACAAGACCCAUUAACAAUAUCCUCCUGGUUAUUGACGUCUCUUGCCAUUUUGUCCCUUGAUCCUAUCUCUCCAGCCUUGUAGGCAAAAUAAUUGAUCUUUAUCUUCACUCUCAUUGUUUUGGUAGCUUUUCUUAAAUUCAUACACACCCAUAUCAGUUUCUGGAUCCUGGACAAGGUUCUCAUCCUUUAUUUUCAAUACCUUCUGUGUCUUGCUUCUUGUGUCUUGCUUUUAGUGUCUUGUUUCAUUCUCUCCUGUGCUGACAUCAUCACUGCUUGUGAGUUUUGUUCAUCCAGCUCCAUCCCAGCCAUCCAGAAGUCCCUUGCACCUUCAAAUAACUGCCCUUCUGACUGAAAAUGUCUCUCAGAACACCUUGGUUACACUGCCUCUCUUCCUUCAAACCUAUUCUUAAAACACAUUUUCUGCAAAAUCUUUAGCUCGGCUACCAAGCCUACAUACCCUGUUCCAACUAAUCUUAAGUACAUGCAACUGAAAUAAACAUCCUUCCUCUGUGCACCCUGGCUUCCAUUUCUGUCACCUUUCUCUGGUGUAAACCUCUAUAUAUGUAUCAUUCUAUAUGAUAAAGAUGUGAGCAAAUGCAUUAUACUUAGAUUUUCACACUGCUACUGGAAAUCUUGCAUACCCAAUCCACAAUCAGUGGUAAGCCUGCAACAACAGCAUCAAAACAAUGAAAUGGAAUAGCAAACAAAAGUGAAUUUAGAAUUCAGAUUCCUUUCAUGCAAGAAUUCUGAUUUGGAAAAUGCAAUGAAAAGAAACAUUUGCAUCACCUUGCAUUUCACUUCCCACUGCAAUAGCCUAUAAUGUGCCUAUUUGUGCCUGCUUGUAUUGCCACAGUAAGAGCUGGACAUGAUAGGAGACCAGGGUGAGUAGCUCAGAGUCCCAUGGUUGUGUGUUGCAGUUUAGCUGUGCACAAGGAGUGCUUAUCUGGGGAAAGAUCUGGCUUUAAUGUAAACAAGCCUCCAGGGAAAAACACUUGGCUUCAAUAGUGUCUAACAUCUGCAUUUUCCUGAAAGUGAAAACCAAAAGCCCUCUUGUUUUGUAGGUUAUUCAGCUUUUGAAAGAUGGCAAGGCGAAGGAGGUUUCUUACAAUGCUCUGGCAUCACACAUCAUUUCAGAAGAUGGAGACAAUCCAGAAGUUGGUGAAUCUCGUGAAGUCUUUGAUCUUCCAGUAGUAAAAGUGAGUACCUACAACAUUAGAAUUGAUAGUUUUAACUACAGUAAACCUAAUUUUAGUACAGGACCUUCAGGGUUAUUCAUAUCUUAGAAUCAGCACUUGAGUGCAAAAAAAGUGUACUAUAUGUGGGAAACCCUGUAUCCAGAACCUGAAAUGUGAAUGUUGCGAUCCAUUUUACUGUAAGUGUGCUUAUGAUGAGAGUACUAUAUAUUAAUUCAGCACACUCCCUCUCACCCUCAAAAUGGAAUAAUGCUAGCAAGAUUGCUGUCAACAAUUAUCUGGCUGGCAAGGGAAAGAUAUUGCUUUAUAUAUAAAAGAACAUAAAAAUAUACAUUACCAUGAACUUGUAAAAGUUUGCAUGAUUCUUAUGCAGUGCUUGGGAAUGCUAGUAACAAGGGAGUGGUCACAGCUCAGUGAUAGAUCACAUAAUUUGCAUACAGAAUGUUCCAGGUUCUGUUCCUCUCCAGUUAGGAAUGGGGAAGCCUUCUCUCUGAAACACAGCCACUGCCAUUGUAGUGUAAUAUAGACAAUAUAGAAUAGAGUGAACCAAUGUUGACUGAGUGACCUUGUUUCCACAACGUGAUAAGCCAAACUAUGUCUUACAGAGAGUGGCUCGCAGCUGCUGUGCUCCUCCCUGAUAUUUUUUUACUUCUGCACUGUGCUGUGUUAGGCCAAGGUUUGGUUUAGUAGUACAUUGUCCAAACCUGGGCUUGUAAUAAACCUGUCUCCUCAAUAACCAUAAGCCGGCUUUGAAGACAUGCUAAACCAUACCUUGACUUAGUUCAGCACACAAGUAAAAAGUACUGGGGAAGAGCAAAGUGACUGUGAGCACCUCUCCAGCCUGCACGGUCUCAGUAAGCUUAGUUUGGCUUCCUAUGCUGUGUGAAACCAGGGCGCUAUAAGGCAAGUUCCUGUGUUCCUGUCAGUAGAUGUUAAAUAGCUGAUUGGUUAAUUUAAAUUUGGUACAUAUUUGUUAAAUAGACAGAUAUUUAUGGGAUGUAAUGUGCAUUGUCUAUUGGCAACUCACUACAUGCAUUAUUUUCACCUGUUUUUAGCCUUCUUGGGUGACUUUGUCGGUUCGAUGUGGAGUUCUUCUGCCGUAUCCUUUUUGGUUAAAAUGUUAACAUGUGUUAUGCUUAUUUAAAACUUAAUACAAGCAGAAUAUUGGCUAGCACAGCAGCUGUUCUAGAGGAUUAAUUCUUUCUUUAUAUGACUGAGGCAGUGUUAGUGGAUGGUUGCCUUGACUGGAUGGAUGGGAGGUUGCCUGCUCUUGAUAGGGUUACACUCUCUCUGAAGAAGUGGGUACACAGUUUACAGGUACCAUUGCUGUCACCUGAGGCUCAGGUGGCCUCAGUGGUGUGGAGUGCCUUCCAUCAGCUCUCGCUGGUGGUCCAGCUAUGCCUCUUUCUGGACAGCAAUAGCUUAACCUCUGUCAUCUAUGCUCUGGUAACCUUUAGGUUAGAUUACUGCAAGACAUAAUACGUUGGGCUGCCUCUGAAGACGGUUUGGAAACUUCAACAGGUGCAGAAUUCUGCGGCCAAGUUGCUCACCAGCGCAAGAUGGUUUGAGCAUAUCAUACCAAUCCUGGUCCAACUGUACUGACUGCCGGUUAGUUUCUGGGCCCAGUUAAAAGUCCUGGUUUUAACCUAUUAAGCCUUGUGGCUUAGGACUGCAAUACCUUAAGGACGGUCUCUCCCCAUAUGAACUGCCUCAGACACUGCAAUCACCACCUGAGGCCCUUUUUCAUGUGCGUCCUCUGUGAGAGGUCUGGAGCGCAACAACAUGAGAACGGACUGUUACGAGUAUGUACCUGGACUCACAUGUGCACAGGCAGCACUUAGGUAUGUUCAGUUACAGUGUAGUAGGUUAGAAAGUUAGAGGCAAAGGCUAUAAACAUGUACCAGGGAGUAAAGUAUUAGGGAACUCAGGAGGACAAACCUCCAGAUAAACAUGCAUAGGAUUAAACUAUUAAGUGAUAUGUUUGGACCACCCAUUUAUUUUUGUGGUUGAUGUGUGACUCUAACCUGAAUUGGUGAGACCCAAGUUGAAGAUUAGGAAACAACCUAUUAUUAUUACCUGUAUUAUUAUUAUUAGAAUUUAUAUACCGCCCUAUACCUGGAGGUCUCAGGGCAGUUCACAAAAUAAAAUAUUUUUAGAAGUAUUCAUAAGAUUUUUCUUAGCUAUUUGAGAAGCUUUUGGUAAACUUGCACCAGUUAUUCACUUUACAUCUCAUUUAUAUUAUAUCCUUGACUUAAUUUUGUCAGAGUAAAUGGUUUCUCCCCAGAAUCCUGUCAGAUCUUUUUUGGAGUUGCUGCUUGUCUGUCUCAGGUAAGAUGUUUAUCCAGAUAGUUGUAUGUUUAUGCUGAUAGCCAAAUGAUGUGUCAGAAAGUGCUUUUCCCUAAAUAUCUAGUGGUAAUUUUUUUUACCUUUUCUGAUAGGUUUCCGCUGAAGACCGAAGUACACUGUGGGCUUUGAUUACGUUUUAUGGUGGAGAUUGCCGGCUGAGCCUCAAUAAAAAAUGCACUCAUUUGAUUGUGCCUGAGCCAAAAGGGGUAAGAGUUUUAUUAUGUGGACAUGCUUUCCCAUUUUAAUGUUACUUUGACUUUCUGAGAUAUAGAAUCAACAUGAUUUAUACAAAAAAAACUUCCCUUGUCAAACUUUUACAUUUUUUUGGAGGGAUCCGUUCAAUGUGUAGCUGGGAGUGAUUUAUAAGCUUUUCAUUUCAGAAAGCUUUUGAUGAAAUCAAAGAAAAUUGGCAUUCAUGUUCAUGAAGUACGGGUUCAUUUGUGUUUUGGUAAAAGAUUAAAAUAUAGAAUGGAGAGUAGCAGUAAAUUGCUAAUUAAUUUUCACAGUGGAAGGAAGUUAGACUGGGAUCGCCUAUUUAUUUUUUAUUUUGUGAAAAAUAACCCAGUAUUUAAUUUUAUAAAUGAUCUGCGGUUACAGUGGGAUAGCCAAUUUCCACUAAAUAUUCAGAAAGGUAAAAUGAUGAGCAAAUUAUAAAGAUCUUGCAUCAGGCAGCAAAUUUUUUUGAGUAGUACAGUUAUAUAUCGAUGUAGAACCAAGACAGCUUUAGUUUUUUGCAUAUAUCACAUGAACCUCAGUUUAUUCCAGCCUUGUAAACCAGCCUGCAAAAGUUACUACCUUGUAAUAGAAAUCAGUAGCCAUGUUUUUGCUGGGAUCAGAAGUCGGUGUACCCCUUGCAUAGCAGCCUGUUCUGCUGGGUACAGGGAAGGAACACUCACCAGUCCACUCACCUCUAUGUGCUUAUGUGCACGAAAUUCCUUGCUGUGAAUGGCUGCCAGGCUAGUGCUUAAAUAAAAGGUUGAUUUAUUCCUGCUAUUUAAGUCUCCAAGUUGCAUUUAUUUGGCUGGAAAGCCCUUCAGUGUUCUCAAGUACUGUAUCAAUACUUUUUUCAGCCUGUAUUACACAAGAAUUGCUGUGGUAGUUAAAACUUCCCCACAUCAGGACUGCCUGGUCACUAAAGUACCUAAAAAUAGGAUGUUAGCACCAUUAUAACUUUUUUCGUAUUUAGAAAUUUAAAAUGCUUAUCUCUUUUUGCCAAUUUUUCUCUUUGCCUUUUUCUUUCUUUCUCUCCCUUGUUGCCCAGCAGGCUGCAAGAAAAGGAAGAGAUCACUCUUGUCAGAGGUCAGAUUGAUAGGUUUCAGAGGGUUUUUGAAAUUAGUCUGAGGGUUGCAGGUUGUCCACUCACAUUUUAGAGGACUGAGUAACUAAGUUUUUAAGGAGUUUAUAAUCUUAGAAGGAGUUUAUAAUUUUAUUUAUUAGUAACCAGGAAUGUAACUUGUUGAGCUGAUGUAAACCAAUAUAAUUAAAACAAGUGUUUACAAAACUAACACUAUCUAAAAGCUAAAUUGACUCAUAAUUGGAAUGUUUUUGUUCUUCUCAGGAGAAAUAUGAAUGCGCCUGUAAAAGAGAAAACAUUAAAAUUGUGACACCUGACUGGGUUUUGGAUUCUGUAUCUGAUAAAACUAAAAAAGAUGAGGCUUCCUAUCAUCCACGAUUAAUUAUAUAUGAGGAAGAGGAAGAAGAGGAGGAAAAUGAAGAUCAGGAUUCUCAAAAUGAAGCCAGCACAGAUGAAAAGUUGUCAAGUCCAGCAUCUUCUCGAGAAGGCUCACCUUUGGGUGAUCGAGCUUUUUCACCUAAAUCUAUUGAUGCUGAUAAAACGAAAGGAGAACUGAUGUUUGAUGAUUCAUCAGAUUCGUCUCCUGAAAAGCAUGAAAGAAAUUUGAACUGGACACCUGCUGAAGUUCCACAGACUACAGCAAAGCGCAGAUUGCCUUCAGGCAAGGAUUCUGGAUUGAUAAAUUUGUGUGCCAAUGUCCCACCUGUCCCAGGCAAUAUUUUGUCCUCUGAGAUGAGAAGUAAUAUAAUGGCUUCAGUGCAAAGUCCUCAAAGUUCUGGACGUCCCGAAAUGAUGGCUGCAUGGAGUCCUGCAGUACGGACAUUAAGAAAUAUUACCAAUAAUGCUGAUAUUCAGCAGGUUAAUAGACCAUCAAAUGUUGCGCAUGUAAGUAUCUUAAAGUACAAGUUAAAAAAAAUGUUUGGAAGUGAAUAGCUUUUAUGACUUUGAUACUAUAAAAUACAAAGAGAAUUGUUAUAAGGAUUACAACUAGAUAACGCAUGUGAAGUGGUUUUAGUGCCAGAAAGCACUAUACAAAUGCUGUGUUGCACUCAAACAAUUACAGAAGUUUUAGUACAUUGAUUACAGUGGUAACUUGGUUUACAAACUUAAUCUGUUCUGGAAGUCCAUUCUUAAACCAAAGCAUUUUUAAAUCAAGGUGUGCUUUCCCAUAGUAACAGGGGGCUCAAUUUACAAAUGGAACACACUCAGCAGGAAGCGGAACAUGUUUUGCUUCCAAGGCAAAGUUCACAAACCAAAACACCUACUUACGGGUUUGCAGCGUUCUUAAUCCAAGUUGUUCAUAAACUCAGCUGUUCUUAAACCAAGUUACCACUGUAUAUGAGUUUAAAUUUUCUUUCCGGUGAUUUUUGAAUCCUUUAGUGUAGUUGGGCAUAGUUUUUUCAUAUUUUAUCCUAUGCUUGUACGUGUGCUGAGCCACUUGCCCUUUUACUUUACCAAGGCCUGCAACAUGCAGAAGUCUUCUAAAUUAAAAAGAAAUAGAUGACACAGUGCUGUGGAAAUGAGGAGCAAAUACGUAAUUCAUAUGCAAUUUGAAAGUAUUCUUUAGAUCAGUAAAUAUUUUUCCCAUGGUAACUUAUCAUUCCAUGAUUACUAUUUGAGGGGUUCCCUUCAGGGUUUUUUCCUUUAAAAAAAUUGUAUUUCUUUACAUUUUGUUGCCUGCCUUAGCCUUCUGAUACAUCUCUUAGGUGUGGAUAGUAUCAUUUGGCUGCAUAAGUACCAAUGCUCAUCUCAACUUCAGAAAUAGAAGAAACUACUUGAAGAGAAAAAUGAGCACAGAGAAUUUUUACUGUAGAUUUCUUUUUAAUUAUGCUAGCCUUUCUCUUAAUGUGCGAAGUGUAGAAGCAUAAUGCUGUGUUGCAUGUUUUAUAUCACACUUCCUACAACAUUUACCUUCCUCCGUGCGAUCUGUAUAUUGGGACCUCUUGAAAAUUCUCCCAUUUGCCAAAUAAUAUAAACUUUCUGUUAAUUUGUAUUCAAAAUAACUGUUUUGUGGAAUAACUAAAUGGUUUCCUCUAUUAAUUAGACUUCAAAUGAAGUACAGUUUUAGUUGAAUGCAUCAGAAAGUUUUCAGAUUUGAUUUAUGCUUUUCUGUUUUCAGUGAAAUGUUUUGAAGGAAAGUUUACAUGCAUCCUUUUGUUUUCUAGAUCUUGCAAUCACUUUCUGCUCCUACAAAAACUUUGGAGCAGCAAGUAAACCAUAGCCAGCAGGGACAUUCAAAUGCUGUGUUGCUUAGUCAAGUUAAAUUGACUCCAGAGACACACUUACUACACCAGCAGCAGCAUCCACCUCAGCAGUCACAGCAGCAGCAGCAACAGCAACAACAGCAGCAGCAGCAACAACAACAACAGCAGCAGCAGCAGCAGCACCUCCCUCUCUUGCAUCUUCCAUCCCAACAAAUUGUGCAGUUGCAGCAACAGCAGCAGCCACAGCAGCCUCAGAUUACUCAACAGUCUUUCUCUCAGCAGCCUCAUCAGUUUGUGCAACAGCAAGUUCAUCAACACCAAUUCUCACAGCAGCAGUUACAGUUUUCUACACAACAGAUACAUUCUCAGCAGCAAGUACAUCGUCCUCAACAACAGUUGCAAUUUCAGCAGCAGCAUGCCUUGCAACAGCAGUUGCAUCAGCUACAGCAACAGCAGCUACAGCAACAGCAGCUGCAACUACAGCAGCAAAACCUUCAACAACAGUUACAGCAGCAGCAACUACAGCAGCAACAUUUGCAACGAAUGCAGCAGCAGCACCAGCAGCAGCAGCAGCAACAACAACAACAAAUGCAAAAUCAAGCAUCUCAACUCUUGACCCAGACUUCUCAGACAUUACAGCAUCAGGUUCCAGUUCAGCCAUCACAGCAUGCUCAGCAGCAACAGUUGCAGCAGCAGCAGCUCUUUGGGCAUGAUCCAUCCAUAGAAAGUUAGUAAUUUUGUUCUCGUGUAUGUUAGCUGAGGCUUUAAUUACACUUAUUUAAAUAGUAGAACACUCCUCGCCCCCUUUCUGACCCAGUGGGUCUGCAAUGUGCCUUACAAAUCUAAUUAAAAGGUUCAACUGUAAGAGUGACGAUAUAAAACAUCAGACAAGCAGUAAAAGAGCAGCUAAGAUCAGAGCAAGCAAUUCCCCAAACAAAAUACCAAUGGUGAUCUGAUUGCGAACCAUCUUUGUUGACAGCUUGAAAACCAAGAGUAGAGUAAGGUAGAACAAACCACAUCUGGAAGUGAGUUUCUCAGCACGGUGCCAUGGCCAAAAAAUAGUUUCAGCUACAAACUUUCACGUAGGAGAUUCUUCUAGUUCAAACAUUUUCCAAGACUUUUUUGUAUUUGAUAAUUUACAUGUGUUAUGGGGCCAUUGUCAGUCCUCCAUUUCAGUGGACAUGCUCAAGUAUAGAGCUUGUUGGAAUGAACUCAUGGCCUAUUUUUAUUAGAUCCACCAGUGCUCUCAUUGUUUACAGUCUACUAAGCAUUUUUCACAAUGCAUCCAAAUACUAGUGAAGGGCAGUCUCUGCGCGGUGCUUCUUCACUUUUGUAUGUACGGUAAUGGGCAGAGGGAAUAACCCAUGCACAGUCCCUGAGGUGAUGUGUGCACAAUGCAACUCCAGUUCACAGAACUGUUUCUGCAUCUGCAGAACACCCUUUAAAUUCAGCCACUUGCUUUCCAACACCAAUCUAAAGUUUGCUGGGAAGUGGAGGACCUUGCAGGUGUGCUUAUGUUCUGUGAGCUACAGCAAGUUUCACUCUGUGAAGAGAUGAGUAUAGCAGUAAAUGAAGACCUUUUUACUAUUAAUGGUAGCCCAUUAAAUAAGAGAAAAUAUGCUAGAGUAUUUUGUAUUAAUUUAAUUUUUAUAACUCUUCUAGUUCCAGAAGACUAUUUUCUGUUGGGUUGUGUCUUUGCAAUUGCUGAUUAUCCUGAGCAGAUGUCUGAUAAACAAUUACUGGCAACAUGGAAAAGGGUAAUUAUUUGUUCUGUUUGUGAAUAUUUUUCAGUUUUGUGCAUUAGUUUUUCAGUUUCUUAAACAAAAAUAGGUAUAUUUAAAAACCAACAAAUUGUUUUAUUUUUGACUUACCAGAUUAUUAUAUAUAUUCCAUGUCUAUAAUAUGUAUGUUACCAACAAAGCACACAAAACUUCAUCUUCUUUGUUCUCCUUUUAACUGAUUUUUACUAUUACUAGCUUCAAACAUAAUUUCUGCCUUUCUUUGUUAUCUGUUUAUCAGAGGUCCAUCUGCCAAAAUUUCCCAUUACUCUCAAGUAACAAGCUUACCAGUUAGGUUUUGUGCAAAAUACAGUGAUAAGAGCCAGGUUUUAAACUAUGGCACAUAUGUAACAUGGCAAAAAAAUUCAAUAAGUGUUGUUUGAUUAACAAACCUUUUAAGUGUGUCUAGUUUUUAUUUUUCUAGAUAAUCCAAGCAAAUGGCGGUACGGUAGAUCCCACAUUCACAAACCGGUGUACACAUCUUCUCUGUGAAAGUCAGCUUAGUAAUAUGUAUGCUCAGGUAAGACCAAAUGGCACAAAUGUACUUACCUAUGUUUGUAAGAGCUGUUUAUUUCCUUACAUUGAAUGAUAUAAUAGUUCAGGAACAAUUUAUUACAAAGGUGAAAGUAUCUAUAGAUACAUAAUUUAUGUUCUCCCAGUCUUUUGCUGCUAGUAACCUCAAGGCAACUUAAAACUGUAAAAUACAAUUUUAAGCAUAUAGUUUCAAACAGCAAUAACAUAAGAUUCUCUGUGCAGUCAUGGCCUGUAGCUAGGUCUUUUCCCUCCUCCUGAGUAGACCAUUCCUCCUAGGUAUUCCCCUGCUGUUAUAGCUGUUUGGCAGCCAAACGAGUACUCAUGCUAUGACUUGGGGCUUCCCAUCUGCUCUGUCACCACCUUUGUUCUGAGGCCCAGGAGGCAAUUGUGAAGAAUUGGGGAUGGGGUUAGAGGGCACUUUCUCUCUCUCUCUCUCUCUCUGUGUGGAGAGGGGGGCGGGUUGAAUAGGAAAGAGACAGAAUACAAGAAAUAAAUAUAUAUUGUAUCUUUUGGUUGUUGUUCUGUAGAUUGUGGUAGUUGUAUGCUCCCUACAGUUGAGAGUGACUAACCUAAGGAUUGGUGGGCCUGUAUCAGAGAUGGCACUCACUGCUGUCUGAGGACUUUGGUUCAUCUGUAUCCCAUACCAACCUCAUUUUUGUUUGAAAGUGGGUGGCUAAAAGCUUUAUAAACCUAAAGCAGCAACAUAUAUAUAUUUAAAAUAUUUUCAUACAUACCUACUAAAAUUUAUAUGUACAGUGACAAAUGUUUUGCAUGUGUGUUGCAGGCUUUGAGAGAAAGGAAGAGAUGUAUCACAGCACACUGGUUGAACUCUGUGCUAAAAAAGAAGAAAAUGGUACCACCUCACCGAGCUCUUCAUUUUCCUGUAGCAUUUCCACCAGGAGGGAAACCAUGUUCACAGCAUGUAAGAAAUUAACUCUAGCAUUUUGCUUGGAAGGUGCUGUUGCUAUUAUUUCUUUUACUUCAAGCAGCUUUUAAUGUCGGAAGAUAUAAAAAUGAGCAAAUAUGUAACGUCCUGUCUCUGAGACUAUUUUACAACUCUAAUUGGAAUUAAUAAAAUUACAUGAUUGAAUUCAGGGUUUUUUUGUACUGCACCUAAAUAGCUUUAUGUAAAUGGGAUAUAUUUCCUUGCUUUGCAAUUUAAGUUAUCUUUAAAUCUCAGGUGUGGAACUGGUUUGUUUGUUUGUUUGUUACUCCUUUUUAUGUGAGGAUUACUGCAUUAUGAAGGGUUUUCUGUUCGAUGGUAAAUUUGGUUAUCACAUUGAGAGUUAGGCAAAUGGUUCAAUUUAUGAAAAUGAUAUCAUAAAGCAAGAAUGGAGAACAGGGGCCCCUCUAACAUUCCUGACCUUUGGCCAUACUGACCAUGACUGAGAUUUGGAAGUCCAACAAUAUCUGGAGGGGUAUAGAUUAUGAACCCCUGUCAUAAAGUGACUGCCUGAAGAUUUUACCACUUCAUAUUCUAAUGUUUGGUUUGGACCUUUUCUGUCAAGGGUUGCUUACACCUUGAAUCUUCCUACAUCAAUUAAUAAUUCCACGAAAUGAACCAUGGAAUCUUUUGGGGCUAAAAGGCAGUACAAAAAGAUUUAGAUAAAUAGAAAAACGUCUGGCUGCAGUUAUGUGUCCACAUUUUGAGAAUGAGAAGAGUUACUGUUUCAUAGCAUACUUCAAAUUAACUGAAGACUUGGGAAGAAAAGGUUACCCAUAAUAUGUACUUAAAGAAUAGGACACUUUUGGUAGGCAUUGAAAGAUGGGCAAGGAGACACAUACUACAAAUGACCAAGAGAGAUUUACAACAUUUUCUGAUAGGAUUUAUUUGAAAUUUCUGUUUACUCAUAUUUCUGAUGGGUGAAUCAUCUUCUGUUCCAGAUAAUCUCAGUGACAGGUUUUGUUGAUAGUGACAGAGAUGAUCUCAAGCUGAUGGCCUACCUCUCAGGUGCAAAGUACACAGGCUAUCUUUGUCGCAGCAACACAGUUCUCAUCUGUAAAGAGUAAGUGGCUUAUAUUUAUUUUGAUUUUUUUAUUAACCAUGAUAUAUCAUCAUCAACCUUUAUUAUGGUCCAGAGACCCAACAAAUCGUUACAAAGCAAUACCCAAUUCAUACAGCCUACCUCCAGGUUAAACAAGCAUUUUGUUCAGAAUAUAGGGAUCAUUGGUUCUUGCAACCACCGACAAAAACUUGGCCACUGCUAAUGUUCUAGCAUUUGUCCGGUCUUCCAAUAGGAACCUGGCAUAGUGAGCCUCUGAUUUUCCUGGGAAAAGUACCAGCAAAGGUAAUAUCAGUUCAGCCCUGACUUGCUCAUAUUUUGCACAGUGCAACAAAAUAUGUUUUAUGGAAUUGAUAUCUUGAGCACAUGAGCAAAGUCUGUCCUGGUAGGGAACUCCUCUCAAUGUGCCAUCCAACACUGCAGAAGGAAAGACAUUUAGUCUGGCUUUGGUGAAAAGCCUUCGAUAGUUUGGUACUGUCAGGUUUUUAAUGUAAGAUGUUAACUUAAAGACAUGCCCAUAUUGUACUCCUACUGCCAGCGGACUACAGACUGCGUGUGAUCGAGAUUGCAAGUCACCAUGAUAUAUAAAUAAUAUUGUUACAAUUUGUGAAAAUAUUAGUGAGUAUAAAAUUAUAAAAUAAACAGAGAAGUUACUACAUUCUAAAAAAAUUAUCCCAAUUGGUAUCUUUUGUUUUAAACAUAUAUAAUAUAUAUAUCUAUAUAUAUCAAUAUUUAUCUAUCUAUAUAUAUAUAUAUAUAUAAAUAAUAGUUUCAUAAAUUGGUUUUAUAUGUGCAAUUGUUUUAAAUUUUUAUUUAUGCAAUUGUUUUAUACAAGUUUUUAUUGUAAAUGACUUUGGGAUGCCUCAUGGGAAGCGAUUCAUAAAUGAAAAUAAAUAAGAUGUUUAGUAUCAUUUGUGUCUCUUUUCCCUCCGUAACAAGGCCAACUGGUUUAAAGUAUGAGAAAGCCAAAGAGUGGAGGAUACCAUGUGUGAAUGCGCAAUGGCUCUGUGAUAUAUUACUUGGAAAUUUUGAAGCACUGCGGCAAAUACAGCACAAUCGAUACACAGUAUUCAAUCUUCAAGAACCACUUGCUCCUAAUCAACAUCUGGUUUUAAACCUUCUUGGUAAGAAGAGUUGCCAGACAUACAGCAUAGCAAAUGUUAGUUUUCUGCAGUAAAGAAAUACCGUAUUUUUUGCACCACAACACUCACUUUUUUCCUCCUAGAAAGUAAGGGAAAAUGUCUGUGUGUGUUAUGGAGCGAAUGCCUGCGGGGGGGGGGGGAAUCUGCAGUCGUGAGCAGAGGAUCCAUGGUUCCCCUUCCUUCCCUCCUCCGUGGUUACAAAGCAUGGAUCCACAUGGAUCCUCAGGAUUGUUGCAUUGGGCUACUCCAAACUCACUGUCAGAUCACAUGUCUGUGGCCACAGCAUGAACCACAAAAAUCAUAUAUCCACUAUUUCGUUUAGAAUAUUUUUUUCUUGUUUUCCUCCUCUAAAAACUAUGUGCGUGUUAUGGUCUGGUGCGUGUUAUACGAAAAAUAUGGGUAUAUGAAUAAAUAUAUAUGUUGCUCAGACUUACAAACUUUGCAUGGCUUGGGACAUGUUAGUGUGGCUGUUGCUUGGGUUUCUGAUUUACUGUUCUAACUAAGAAAGGUUUACUCAGAAGGAAGCCCCAUAGGAAAUGACAUUCACUCCCUUUAAAGACUUUUAGGAUUGCACUGCUAGAAUGUUUGUGCAAAACUGGAAGCAACACAUGAAAUAAAGGGUAGUACAUAUUUACUUUCCUAAUGUGAACUGCGCCACUUUUGGGGUAUGUUCCAUGCAUACUGUCAGACUAUGUGUGUGUAAUUAGCAUGAAAAGACUGUAUGCACUGAACUAGUGUGGUGGAGUGUGCAGAAAAUAUAUGUCCUAUGUCAAAACUUGUUCUUUCCUGUUCACUGUUCCCAGAUGCUUGGAGAGUUCCACUAAAAGUAUCGUCAGAACUUCUAAUGGUAUGUGGAUUUGCUAAUAAUUUAUUUACUUUAACUGCUAUUUCAGUGGGGACAUCAUAAAUCUGUUUGGACAAAGGAAUAUAAAUGCUUAAAAGAUUCAUUUGUUUAAGAUACACUUAUGCUGUCCUUUGUUUAAAAUUGAUUCCAGGGCAGUUUACAUAAUAUAAGAAUAAAGAAUCCAAUUUUUAAAAUAUGAUUUUCUAUUUAAAUGAUCUUUGAACGUGUUUGGAUUUUUGCAGAGGCAUAUUAGCAAUACAAGUUUGACAAGAGUGACAAGUGAAAAUGGAAGUGAAAACUUCAGAAGUUCUUAUGGCUGCAUCAGGGUGGUGGGAGUACAUACAUUUGGGGCUGUGGCUUUUCUCAUGCAGCUAAACUAUAGUUUAGCGUGGCACUGACACCAGGCCAUGUCUUGAACAACCUUCAGUUUUGAUAAUGCUUUCUGUUGACAAUUUCUAAUAUAAUUAUUUGAUGACUGAUGAAGCAUACUAGGUUGUGUAGUAUGCACAUACACAAACUAAUUAACCUUUCUCCAAAAGGUUUUAAACUGCAUCUAGGCUCCUAUGCUGAGGCGUUAAGUGUGCUAAAUUUGUUUUUAUUUUAGUUACUAUGGCUAAAAGAUUUUGCUGUGAAAUAGUAAAUAAUUAUUAGAGGGGAAGUGUGUGUGUGUGUGUGUGUGUGCGCGCUUAUAUAUUUCUAUAUUAUUUGUUGUAGGGUGUGAGAUUACCACUAAAACCAAAGCAAAAUGAAUCGGUAAUUCAACCGUCAAGCAAGCGGCCAAGGUAAGAGAGUGGCCAUUCUCCAACAUGUCACAUUCUUAGUCUAUUAAAUAAAGUUAUCAAAACUACUGCUAAAACCUCUGGAAAUCUCUCUGUCUGGAGUGGCAAACUGCAAUCCUAGGGGAUGACUGCAGCAUUUUGGGCCCCUCUGUCUCAGGACUCUCUCAGCACUUCUCAAACUUGGGUUCCCAGCUGUUGUUGGAUUACAACAGCUGAGGACCCAAAUUUGGGAAAUACUGACUAGUCUAUAGGAGUGCCUGGCGUGCUCUGGUCCAUGGGAUCACGAAGAGUCGGACAUGACUAAACGACUAAACAACAACAGGCUAUAUUGCCUUCCUACUUCUCAACCUUGCUUUGCACCUUCCUUGUGUUCUUUUGCCUGGGUGGAAAGCGCUCUUGAACUAUAAUGAGGUCUCUUGCUUGCAUUGAUGGAAGAUUGAGAAAUUUGUACUGUGUAGAAAUCUUUGGGCUGGACCUUUGUGUGUACUUUGCAAAGGUAAGAGUUGCACCUGCUGCUCCACCCACUUUUGCCUCUGGCCCAUUCAACACUAGCAUGUUGAUCUCUGAAGGUCCCCUAUGAGGGCCCCUUCAUGGCCUGAAAAACGUUCCCCAGCCCUGCUCUAUAUUAUCAUUCUGCUGAUGAUUAUUUAGAGAGAGACUUGUCCUUUGGAAAGUGAACAGUUUAGAGGGAGGAGGGAGGGUGCAAACUAAGUCAAAGUAUGUAAGAAAACAUUAACCUUGAAAUAAUGCCAUACGUAGACGCUUCAGAAAUGAAAUAUUCUACAAAAGAUGGCUGCACCAGCUAAAUCUAAACAAAAGUUGCAUACGGUGUGUUUCUACACACUUCAUGGACCUUCUCUACAUUUAGAUAUAAAUCAUGAAAACAGUAUAUCAAAAUUGUGUUGAAUUUUAAAUCCAAAAAUACCGUAUUAACAGUAUUUUGUAUUAACAGUAUUUUGUAUUUGUAGAAUUGAAGACUUGCCAACUCCUAAUAAAAACGUGACAUCAGAAUUGACACCAGUAGUGCUCUUCACGGGAUUUGAGCCUUCCCAGGUGCAUCAGUACAUCAAGGUGACUUUCCUCUGUCUUAACAGAACAAACACUUUUGUAACAUUUUUCUCUACUGAAAGCCCUGCAAAAUAAUCUAAAACAUUUGUCUUGUGAUUCUAUACCUCUGGUGGCCCAUUCAUGCAAGCAGGUUACCAGUUGCUACAACAAAACAUACAUGUAUGAAAGCUCUUUUAGAUCUACUAUAUAGUCUUGUACAGAAACCUAAAUCAUCAUAAGAGCCUGCGGGAUCAGACCAAAGGCCUAUCUCGGGGGUUGCUAAUGAGGGGGUACAUGUGUCUGUAGAGACCUCUUCUGGCACCCACAGGGUUUCCUCCCCUCACCCGCUCAUGCUGAAGUUAGGCUUGAAAGUAGUGUUCUGUUGUAACUCAUAAAACAGGUUGCGGUGUGUGUUUAGUCUUGGUGUUGGUAUGGUGCCCAUGGCAAUUUAUUUAUUUUGCAAAUCUAUCAAGAGGCCCCCAAAAUUUGACAAUUGUUUGGCCUAUCUGGUUCAGUAUUCUGUUCUUUGGUCUAAUUUAACAGGUCUCUUCUUUGACUUCUGGUUGCUAGACUAUAUGGUAUAUCUAGUGGUAAAGGUAAAAGGACCCCUGACCAUUAGGUCCAGUCAUGGCCAACUCUGGGGUCGCAGUGCUCAUCUUGCUUUAUUGGCCAAGGGAGCCGGCGUACAGCUUCCGGGUCAUGUGGCCAGCAUGACUAAGCCUCUUCUGGUGAACCAGAGCAGCGCACGGAAACGCUGUUUACCUUCCCGCCAGAGCGGUACCUAUUGAUCUACUUGCACUUUGACAUGCUUUCGAACUGCUAGGUUGGCAGGAUCAGGUACCGAGCAACGCAAGCUCACUCCAUCGCGGGGAUUCAAACCGCCGACCUUCUGAUCGGCAAGUCCUAGGCUCUGUGGUUUAACCCACAGCGCCACCUGCGUCUCUGUUAUCUAGGGGUAGUUUCACACAAUUAUGUUUGUUGCAGUGCCUGCUAAUGUAAAAGCAUAAAAGACAUCAGAGGUGUGGCAUCACAGACAUAGGUUUUAUCACCUUACAGCAGCCUUUCUCAAUCUUGGGUCCCCAGAUGUUCCUGAACUAUAGCUCCCACCAUCCCUGACCAGUGCCCAUGCUGGCUAGCUAUGAUGGGAGUUGUAGUCUGACAACACACAAGGUUGAGAAAGGCUGCCUUACAUUGUUUUUCAGUGGAGCUGGUUCAUGUGCUUAGUUACUGGUCAUCAAAUGUAUGGUAAUUAUGUGUAUGCUUGUGUGAACUAGGCUUAGUUUAUCUUGCUUUUAGUUUGAUUGAACUAUUAUGAUGUGGCUGGAGGCUUUAACCUUUUUUUUAAAUAAAAUUUUCAGAAACUCUACAUUCUUGGAGGUGAAGUAGCAGAAUCUGCCCAGAAAUGCACUCACUUAAUAGCGAGUAAAGUGACACGUACUGUAAAAUUCCUUACAGCUAUUUCAGUUGUAAAGCAUAUAGUAACCCCAGAAUGGUUGGAAGAGUGUUUCAAGGGCCAGAAGUUUAUAGGUAAGUAAUUCUUAAAGUUUGUCAGUAUAAGUGAUAUAAAGAGUCUGUCCUUUAAAACACAAAAAUGAAGCAUGCGCAAAAUAGUGCCCUUCUUGCUGUUAAGCAGGGGGACAAAACUGAAACAAUCAAAUCAAAAAAUGUUGAAAUAGAAGUUUCCCCUGUGACCAGGGGAGUGAGUCAGGUAAGAGGGUUAAUGCCCCCCAGCUCUGUGUACUGUAUUUUACUUGUAGGUACAGUUUACAAAGCAGUGCUUAAUAUUUUACAAAAUAUUAUUAUUACUACUACUACUAUUAUUAUUAUUAUUAUUACAAUUGUUAAUUUAUUAUGCCACCCAUCUGACUGGGUUGCCUCAGCCACUUUGGGCGGCUCCCAACAUCCACCUUUAUGGCUAUGCAUGUAGAGCUUUAACAUCUCUAGUACCAUUUUUAAUGAGUGGUUUCUUUUUCUAAAUUUUCAGUGCUUUUAAAAGUAGUUCCUCUUCACACAGCAAUUUUCAAGUGUUAAAUUUUUAAACAAAUAUAAAAAUUAAAGCAAGUACUUAACUCCAGCUUCUUAUAUAGAGUUGUGCUGCUUAAUUUAAGGGUCCCAAGCAAUUCUUAAAAUUAAGCUAUUGAUUUUUAAAAGAAGACAAUCGCUAGCUGCCCCACUGGCAUCUUCCUUAUUGAUGGAACUUACAGUGGGGUAACUGAAUUUAAAUGCCCAAACUAAAGUAGUAGUAUCUGAUAUGAUAGUCUAUAAAUUCAUAAAUAAUUAUUUUUUUCUGAUAACAGAUUAUUUUCUCAGUAGUAGAUGCUUGCAUCUUUUUGUGUUAUGAAUAGUUACAGAUAUAUUUUUCCUCCAUUUUAGAAGAGCAAAACUACAUACUCAGGGAUGCAGAAGCUGAAGUUCUUUUCUGUUUCAGCUUAGAAGAAUCUCUAAAGAAAGCACAGGAGACACCGCUCUUCAAGGUACAUCAGUUUUUAAAAAGCGCUAAAUCCAGAUUAUUUGAACCAAGUGUUUAAACAUGAGUGUUACCAUCAUGUCUGCUAGCCUAGAAAAAAAGUAUUUCCAACCACUUGUAACUUUUAUUUUGAAAUAUAAGUAGUUCAGUAUAACUAAAUGUUGUAGACUGGAUUCCACUGAGGCAUCACACCAACAGCUUGGUUGUAGCUUCCAAACAUUAUCAUAAUUUAGAAUCAUGCAUGUGCUUUCAUUUCCCAUCUGCUUUAUAAGUUUGCUUAUAACAGUUUCUGCAAACAGAAUGAUUACUGUUAACUGCCACCAUGAUUUGCAAACCCAAUUCAAAUCAUGACUUUGGAAUAUGGUUUGCUAGCCAAUUACAAACUGGUUUAUCAGUGCAAAAGUCAGCAUAAUUUUUCCUUCACCAUAAUUUGGCAGGUUUUCUGAAUUGACUGAUUGUCUUUGAGAAGUACUUGGCCUGUAAAUGACUUAUAUUUCUAUUUAUUUAGAGCCUUAGUACCCCUCUGUUCAGCCAAAAAGUCUCCCAGAGUAGCUUACAUACAAUCAAUUAAAAUACGACAGUCCCUGCCUGCAGUCUUACAGUCUAAAAAAUGAUACUCAAGGGAAAAGGCACAGGGAGGGAAGAAGAAGAAGAAAAUCAAACUCUGGCAUCAGUUCUUAAACGGUUGUGGAGCUGGUUUUUGUAUUUGUAGAAGCAAGAGUAAAACUUUAUGUAAUUUAUAAACUCCCAGCACACGUGGUGUCUGCACCAGCAUCCUUUGUUAUACUUGUCACUUCAGCUAGUUCCUGACUGUCCUGGAACUUAACAUUUUUUAUUUCUUAUUGGCUUUGGUAGGGGAAGAAAUGGGAGCUUAUGCAUGUCUCCUCCCCCCCUUUCUUCAGUUCCCAAGGACAUUGUUCUCUCCUAAUAAUCUAUCUUUCUUCUUUAUGUGAUUCUUUGCAAUCUGGUUUUGACUCUGUGUCCUUUUGGAACUUACUUAAUCUUCGAUACUGGCAACUAUCCACUUCUCUUUUCUUCUUUUAGUUUUCUCAGAUCUCCAAAACCUUUGGUUUUAUUCCUGCUUCUCAGUCCUUUUCAAGACCACUAUUUAUUGAUACUUAGUUGUUGGUUAUUUUUCUCCUCUAGUUCAGAAUCUUGACAGUUCUUUUAAAUUUUUCUAUUUUCCUCUGUACAAGUGAUUAUCAAGCCUCUUCUAUUCAGCUAACAAAUCCAUAAUUUUGUAAUUAUGGUCUAAAGCUCCGCUCUUUGUUACCCAUUGAAACAUCAUUUUGAGAAUGGCAACUAAGGUUUGACAUUCAUAAUUUAAAAGUAAUAUUUCAAAUUAUGAAAUUGCCAAAAGUCAUCCCUUCAUGCAUUAACUCUUUACAAAUAAUGGAGAGUAUUUAUGCCUGACCAUUUUAAUGCUUUUCCAUCUGUAAUUUUAAAACAUUCCAUUUAAUGAAUGACUGUCCUUGUAGAACAGAAAUAAUCUGUCAGCCAUGUCGUUUUAUACUGCACUUUGUGUAGGGAACCCAGAGACAGGCUGAUUCUCUUCCUUUGUUAAAAAUUAUAACUGCAAGAUCCACUGAAACUUGGUUAUUAUUCUGUUUAUUGAUGCCUCUCUUUAUGUUACUGAUAAGAUAGCUGAGUACUUUCUAUUUUAACCAAACAUUAGGAAGCAGAUGGUAAAGUAAGAACUUGCUGUAGGCUCCUCUGUAAAGAUAGUCUUAUUUUGCUUGUAUCAAACUGCAUUUAUUUAUUUAUUCAAAAUUCAAAAUUGCUUUUAAUUAUUGUAACAUUCUUGUCUCCCCCACCCACCUCUACUUCUAAGUCUUCUACUUGAGUACAGUACAUAAAAACUAUGGGGUGGGGCUGCCUUGAGAUCUUGUAGAAAUAGCAAGUCAGAACCUUCUUCCUCCCUUGUAGAAGAAAUUAGCAAGGUAUCCAUGGCGAACAUCAGCUUAAGGGGGAAAAUGAUAACAUUAGAGAAGAGGCAGGACAAGGUGAGAAGUUAAUAUACUACAAUAUGGAAUGCUAAUUGACAGGAAGUGGACAGACCACACUGGUACCUUGCUCUGUGACAUAGUGGUCAGUGUCAUAAAUGCAGACAUACAAAUGUGUUUUGUGUUUCAUAAAUGUUUUGAUUUUAGGGAAAGUACUUCUAUAUUACACCUGGAAUUUGCCCUAGCCUUUCCACUAUGAAAUCUAUUGUGGAAUGUGCAGGAGGAAAGGUAUUGAACAAACAACCUUCUUUCCGUAAGCUCAUGGAACACAAGCAAAACAAAGUGAGUGUGAUCUUGAUUGAUUUUCUAACAACUUUCUGUUUGGAAAAUGUGUCCAUUUGAGCUGACUCAAUUUCACUAUUUUUAAUGCAGAGCUUAUCAGAGAUUAUUCUGAUUUCUUGUGAAAAUGAUCUUCACUUAUGUCGAGAAUAUUUUGCCAGAGGCAUAGGUAUGUGUUCUUUAUACUUACAACAAUGUUUAACAAUGCAACAUGGCACCAGCACUUUAAGGAAAGAAAUGUACCCUAGUUUAAUAGUUUGGUUAUAUAUCAAAUCCUGGAUGUGUGGGCUUGUGGGAGAUUUUAUACAUACAAUGGGCUUUUGCUUAGUAUUAGAAGAAAACACCUUUUGCUAGGAGUGAGUAUCAGGUUCAGAUAAAUCCCAAUGCAAAAUGUUGGAGGUAAAACAGAAUCUGUCAAACAGGAUCAGCAUGAAUCAAAAUGAAGACCCCUGAAAGUUUUAUUCCGUUGUGAUUCAUUAUUUGAAUCGGUGCUGUUAAAUCCAGUGCUCUGUACAGUGGUACCUCAGGUUACAAAUGCUUCAGGUUACGUAUUUUCAGGUUGCGGACUGUGGGAAACCCAGAAGUACCGGAAACAGAUACUUCCAGGUUUCGCCGCAUGCGCAGAAGUGCCAAAUUGUGUCAGGCACAGAUGCAGCGCUGCAGGUAAUGCUAAGGGUUGCGGAUGUGCCUCCGUUACGGAUUACGUCUGCAACCCGAGGUUCCACUGUAAUGGAGAAUCUAAAAAGGGGGCUAUAUUUUCCCCCUUUUCACUUGCUGAUGAAAUUUGCAGGGAAGGGAAACCUACCAGAGUAUAAGACUGUGAACUUCAGGAAGAUCCAUUCAGGCUUCUUUGUCCACAGGACUCUUAAAUUUAUUUUAUUUUUUAGAAGCAGGCGCACCAAGUGGUGGAGCCUGAGGGGUCUUCAGCCCCCCCCCCCAAUUUUUCAAGAGGGGGCUGGGCUCCCCCAAAAUCCUGUGGCCCGCUCUGCCUCCUCCCUGCCGAUGUUGCGCUGGGGGGAGAAGGCUGAGAGCAGAGCCCAGCUCUGCGUUCCCCAUUCUCCACCCAGCACACAAGUGCCAGCACCGGCGGGAUACCUGUGUGUCUCAACUCGGUGAGUGAGCACUUGUGCACUAGGUGGGGGUGGGACGCUUCACAUGAUGCGCCCCACAAUGUGGGGGGGGGGCAAGUCAGCGCUCGUGGAAGCAGGCAACCUCAGUAGUUUAACUGCUUAUACUUUGCCUUUAUAUGAGGAAAAGUUCUGCUUAUUUAUUUGAAUGUCCCUCUACCUGAAUGAAGUGUACUAGGAAAUAAUCAAAGGGAUUGAAAUGUCAGGAUAAAAGAUACCCUUUCACCUGCAAGCUCCCCAGUGAGUUUCGUUUCACUUUUGAGAAAAUAAAAGCUGUGUCUGUGUGACAUAACAGUUAACUUAAUGGAAUGACUAGGACCACAGUGCUACUUGGAAGGCUGGCAACUUGCUGAUCCACCUCAGCAUGUCUUGUUAACAACACAGUCCAACUCAAUAAUAUGAAAGACAACCUUGAAUCACCUCAAAUCACAUUGUUAUUCAGGCUGCACACAGUGUACGCCUGUGGUGUAUUUAUAGCUUUACAUUGAAGAUGUCAAACUUGGCACUAGCCCAGCUUAUGAGUGGCUGCUUCCAUGACUUGUCCAGCUCACCAGCUGCAAAUGUGCCUCAGUCUGACACAGCUUGCACAGGCCUGUUCCUGGCACCCAACUGCCAAGUAUCCCUUAUGCACACUGCCUCUUAAUCAAAAUCUCAGUCUCCUCGAACAUUGAUGUUUUAAGGACACACACAGUGCCAGCUUCAUAGUUACCUUGAAUAAGUGCUGCCUCUGUCUUUCUUACUUUCAACUGGCAACUCCACAAUCCAAGUCCUUUCAGUCAAAACAUAAAUGUUAAAAGUUCAGUAGUUGCAAUUAAUUUACCAUGGAUGUCUUGAUUAAGUUUUAUGUUUCCCCCCCUGUAUUUGCAGAUGUUCACAAUGCAGAGUUUGUUUUGACUGGCGUUCUUACUCAGACACUGGAUUAUGAAUCAUAUCCUUCAUAUGCUAUAUAAAAUAUGAUUGUGUUUUCUGUAUUCUAUCCUCCCUUAAAGGGAACAGCUGGCAAAGUUCACAUAAUUUAUUAGCCAUAUAUAGAGUUUCUAACUAAUGAAUGAAUGUAGAUAAUUGGAAUUCAGGUAAGCUGGUAUCACCUUUUACCACGGCAUGUUUUAUUGCUCUCACAGGCUCAUUUAAGUACAGGUUAAUAGUUUUCACCUGUGUUUGCAAAAAUACUUGCUGGUUUUUACAGGAAGUUAGAAUUGUUUGCUAGGAUUCCCUGAAAUUAAGGGCACAUGCUUUAAUCUUUUGUUGUGGCUGUCCCUUUAAUAAUGUCUUAAUGAUUUAUUCUAAAAUAUGCUGUCUCUAUAAAAAAAAAAAGGAAUUAACAUUUGAAUUAAAUGUUGAAACACAUAUAUUCUAAUCAAAGUAUAGCCUGAAAAAUACACAUCACAGUGUUUUGUUGUUGAGUGCAUAUUUACCUUAGAAAUCUGUAAAACCAUGUUGAUGCAUUAGUCUUAAGAAACAGAUUCUCUCUCUCCUUAUGUUAUCCUUUUCUUGUACCAAAAAACCGAUUAUGGCAAUCUGCACAUUUCAGCAUAGCUUUUUCCUUAACCCAAGUGUACAUAUAAAUUCACUUGACUGGAAGUGAAAAUGCCUUAUUGCUGUAGACUUCUUGAAUCCUUCCUUCCUUCCAGCUUUUUCAGCCUGUGGAUCAGUUGGCACUUCUGGAGUUCUUGUCCCCUUCCUCCCUUGUUUUGCUGAAGGCCAAUGAGCAGUUUGAGGCAGGAGAGCAAACGUUAAUUGCAUCUGUUUAAGAUGUGCAGCAUUUUAUUAUUAAAACAUAAUUAACUAUGUUCUUUGUAUUAUAUUAGAGAGAGGUUACUUUUUAUAUCACAAAUUAGUUUUCCUAAUUUUUUUUAGUUGUCACAACUGUUGGUACUUAACCACACAAAAUUGGAAUGUAAAGAGAAAGGGCUUGUGGUAUGUAAAUUAUGGAAAUAAAGUAUUUUGUAUUUUAUUUUAUUAAGCUCUGUUUCUUUUAUAUUACUAAUAUCCUGGUUUUUGUAUAAAUAUACUUUUAAAUGAUGUUUCUUUAAGAUUUCGUAGUGGCUCCUUUCCUCUUCUUUUAAAUAUUGUGCAAUUAUGGCACUAUGGUAAGAGUAAAUUACUCUAAAUCAUUCUUUCAAAUGCUGUAAGAUAAUCUUCCCUUUAUUUUACAAGGUAUGUUUUAAUAUUAAAAACCAAGUAUUUUAAGCAGAAUUUAUUGUUAAUGUUUUGUGUAUUUCUACUGAAGUUAGGUUGAACUCAUUCAUAUCCGCUGUUAUAAUUUUUCUUGAAAUAAUUUUUAAUGAAAUAAAUAUGCAAGAAAUGAAUUCACAGAACUAAACUCACUGAAGGUGAAUUACAUUUGCAAAAUUAUAUUGUACAUAAUGGAACUAAUUAUAAAUUGAGUAUAUGUUAUUUAAAAACUAGUAUCAAACUACUGUUUCAGCAAGAACAAUGUCUGGUAAGGUGCAGCCAGUUCCCAAAGAUUCUUUUAAAAAGUACAAUUCCUUCCAUGGAUUAUCUAUGGAUCCAAUAACAAAUCUCCAUUCAGUGAUUUUGAGGAUUUCAAUAAUUUGGGUUUGGCAGUUACUACAGAAUUCUUUAAUUUAUAUAGGUUGAAAUAAUUAGCAUUUGUCUCACCUGACAGCAUGCCAUGUUUUGUGCAUUUGUGUUUCUGAAAAUGAAGGGCCAUAUGUGACAAAAAAAGAACACAUGAUUUAUGUGGAGCAGCUGCAGGUAUAAAUUCUGAUGGUUUAAUGUUUAAACAUGGCAGGUGGGACACAGAACACUGACAGACUUGCAAUGCACUUUGAAGACACUGCACUAAAUGUUAGCGGAAGUUAGUUUAUCUUUUCUCACACACUACAUUUUUGCAAGGUUUAGCAAGUACAUGCUUUAGCCAACAUCUCUUUGUUCAUAACUGCCUUUUAAAGAAACCUCUUCACUGCUGAAACUUGGCAACUAGAUCAAUGUACCUUUUUUAGACGUCACUGGCACCAUAACUUUUGAAGGUGUUUGUACUUGUGUUCUCACACUGGAAAGUAGCACAGCCAGAACAGAAAGUACAGCAGGUCCACCAUCAAGGCAUUGGAAAUGAUUUAUAGGAAAAGCAUAUGGAAAUACCUGCUGUCCUUAAAAUGAACAUGCUUUCCAUGUGGCUUUCAGUGAUGGUUGCCUCUUCUGCAGCAUCUGUGUGUCAUAUUUCUUGCCUGUAAAACAUUUACCACAUUUAUGUUCUGUAUAAUUGCUACACUGAAUAUUUUAUGUAUGUUCAUUCUUAUAAAAGAGUUUUGGAACACGGCAUAAAACCAUGUCAUUUUUCAGAUUCAAAAAGCAUGUGAACCUGUUCAGUGCUAAACAUCUGGUAGGAACCCACCUUUCUCACUCGGUUUAAGAAUUAGUAAAAUGUUCACUGUAAAAUGGCCAUCAGGUAGGUGAAAUGUAUACAGAACUCAGGCCUUUAAAUUUCAGGAAUCGGGGUGGGAAAGCAGGUAGUCAAAACGUCCACCACUUGGAAUUCCUAAACAUGUUGCUGCAACCGCUGUUUCUAGGGGAGCCCCCCCCCCUUGGGCACCUGCCAAUGCACUGGACUUAUUUUGUCACACAAUUCAGUAAGGGCCACUGAGAACCUAAGAGCCUUUAUCUCUUCCCCAUCUUUCAUCUAAUCCACAUGGCCCUGUGCCACCUUUCUCAUGCUACAGUACGAGGAGAUUUUUAAAGGUUGUAAUGGGCAAAAACCGAAAUCACCACAGCAUUCAUGGAGCUUCCAGUCUACACUUUCAACAAAUCUGCUCCACUUCCCAGUGGGGAGGGUUAGGACCGCAUGGCUACCCACUCCCCACUGGGGGGGGGGCGUGGCCGGGACCGUUUAAAUCAGAGGCACAAGCCGGAAGGCUUCCUCUUUGGCUCGCUUCCUCGAUCACCCGCCCUCCCUAUUUUGCAGGUUUAGGCACUGGCCUUGCUAUGGACCUCGGUUGGUCGCCGUUGAGGGGCCUGGUAGGAAUUUUUCCACUUGGCAAACUGGCACUGGCCAUGUGGUUUUCGCCUACCUCGUAGCAAUCGUCACAACUUUGUUAGGGUUGCGGUUAGGCAUUGUUUGACCUUGUGAUGGGGGAGGGGAGGUGUGGCCAUCACCUACCCCUCCAAGCUUAAGGGUAUUCCAUUAAAGGAAUCCAGGGGUGUUGAUCUUGUCCAAAGCCCAGGUCGGGGGCUAGAGCCAUGACACGACCCCGACAGGAACACCAGGGGGAGCUCGAGUUGGUAUGCAUUGGGUUCCCCCUUCCGGUGGUUUACCCUUACCAGACUUCCUGCGCAUUGGGCAGGAGUCCGAUAUAGUCGGGUCCAUUCAAUGCCUAAGCCAAUACCGCUCACAUUCUGUAAUCAAUAAAGUUGUGGCCAAAUUUGCCCAAUAACAUAAACCU